AUGAUCAUCAGUCGCCCAGGAGAUGAUAAGAAAUCUAAGAAGGCUGAAGAUGUUCGAAAGAAGCCUGUGACAGAGGAAUUGGUUGUUGGCUCUACUGAUUCCGGUAGCGAUGUUGGUUCCACUCCAGGUUCUCCGAAUGAUGAGCUUGCGAAACGUAGGGAAAUAUUGCUGAAAAAAAUGAAUGCAAAGAAAACAACCGCUGCCAAGACACCAGAAAUGGAACCCAAAAAGAAAGGAAAGCAAGCACGUGUUUGGGAGCUCUCGGGGGAUGUAAAGAACAAUACAAACCUUGAUUAUUCUGGUGACAAGAACAAGGAGCAACCAAAUGGUCGUGAAGAGGAGGAUCUCGCGUUCAUCAAUGAGCAGCGCAAAUUUGUCGGUCGAUCUGCUCAACUCCAAGGAUUUUCGGACGGAGAGGAUGACAGUGCAGAAGAAUUAUGCCGCAAGUUGAACCGACUUCACUCUCUCAAGCCUUUUAGGAUUGUUGCGGCAGCACAGACCAAAGGAUCCUGGUUUGGCGCAUUCAAAAAUUUGGUGGGCAACAAACAAAUUUCUGCUGAGGAUAUUGAGCCGGUCCUUGAGACUAUGCGGGAAAAUCUCAUACUGAAAAAUGUUGCUGCGGAGCCAGCAGAUAAGAUAUGCCGAUCUGUUGCUCGCAAGUUGGAGGGUAAAGUUGUAAGCACCUUCAGUCGAGUCAGUUCGGAAGUGAGGGAAGCCGUCAGAGAAUCUCUCACUCAGCUGCUCACUCCUAAACGUCGUGUCGAUAUCUUGCGCGACAUUGUUGAGGCGAAAAGUGAGGGCCGUCCUUACGUCGUUGUUUUCUGCGGAGUUAACGGAGUCGGGAAAAGUACGAACUUGGCUAAGAUUACGUUCUGGCUAAACGAGAACAAUCAUCGCGUGUUAAUCGCCGCAGGUGACACCUUCCGUGCAGGUGCCGUUGAACAGUUGCGCACUCACACAAAACAUCUCAAUGCCCUCCAUCCUAACUCCGUUCAGCUCUUCGAACAAGGCUACGGAAAGGACUCUGCAAGUCUGGCGGCUGCCGCGAUUGGAAUAGCUGCUGAGCGUGCCAUUGAUGUUGUCUUAGUGGAUACUGCUGGGCGGAUGCAGGACAACGAGCCAUUAAUGAGAGAACUAGCGAAGUUGAUAAGAGUGAAUGAACCAGAUCUGGUCCUUUUUGUUGGUGAAGCUCUUGUUGGAAAUGAGGCUGUGGAUCAACUAGUGAAGUUUAAUCAGGCUCUUGCCGACAACGCUACACCGGGUGCAACACCACGCUUAAUUGACGGCAUAGUUUUGACGAAAUUUGAUACGAUUGAUGACAAGGUUGGUGCUGCUGUUUCGAUGGCCUAUAUUACUGGUCAACCUAUCGUUUUUGUCGGGUGCGGACAGACAUACUCGGAUCUUCGCACUCUUAAUAUCGGUGCAGUAGUUUCUGCUCUCCUUAAGUAA